CCAUCACAGGGCCACACUUGUUCGCCACCCCACCCUGACCUCCCAGAUGGUUUUAAACCAUUGGUAAACAGUUUGGUACGUGUCUAUAAAAGAAACUGGAUGGCUUCUACAGGGAGCCAGGCCUCUGAUAUAGACAAGAUUCUUGGAUUCUUCAGUGAUGGCGCACCCCCCACCAAAAAGCCCAGGAAGCUGCUUCCAAGCUUGAAAACUAAGAAGCCCCGGGAGCUCGUGCUGGUGAUCGGAACAGGCAUUAGUGCUGCAGUUGCCCCUCAGGUUCCUGCCCUAAAGUCCUGGAAGGGGUUAAUCCAGGCCUUGCUGGAUGCUGCCAUUGAUUUUGAUCUUCUAGAAGAUGAGGAGAGCAGAAAAUUUCAGAAAUGUCUCCAUGAAGACAAAAACCUUGUCCAUGUUGCCCAUGACCUUAUCCAGAAACUCUCUCCUAGAACUAGUAAUGUUCGAUCCACAUUUUUCAAAGACUGUUUAUAUGAAGUAUUUGAUGACUUGGAGUCAAAGAUGGAAGAUUCUGGAAAACAGCUCCUUCAGUCAGUCCUCCACCUGAUGGAAAAUGGAGCCCUAGUAUUAACUACAAAUUUUGAUAAUCUCCUGGAACUGUAUGCAGCAGAUCAGGGAAAACAACUCGAAUCCCUUGACCUUACUGAUGAGAAAAAGGUUCUAGAGUGGGCUCAGGAGAAGCGGAAGCUGAGCGUCUUACAUAUCCAUGGAGUCUACACCAAUCCUAGUGGCAUUGUCCUGCAUCCAGCUGGGUAUCAGAACGUGCUCAGGAACACCGAGGUUAUGAGAGAGAUUCAGAAACUGUAUGAGAACAAGUCAUUUCUUUUCCUGGGCUGUGGCUGGACUGUGGAUGACACCACUUUCCAAGCCCUUUUUCUGGAGGCUGUGAAGCAUAAAUCUGACUUAGAACAUUUCAUGCUGGUUCGGAGAGGUGAUGUGGAUGAGUUCAAGAAGCUUCGAGAAAACAUGCUGGACAAAGGAAUUAAGGUCAUCUCCUAUGGAAAUGAAUAUGCUGAUCUCCCAGAAUAUUUCAAGCGACUGACAUGUGAGAUCUCCACAAGGGGUAGAUCAGCAGGGAUGGUGAGAGAAGGUCAGCUCAAUGGCUCGUCUACAGCACACAGUGAAAUAAGAGACUGUAGGACAUGAGAGGGCCAGAGAGAUCAUCACCACUAGACCAAACCGUCAGGCCCGACUGUGGAGAGUAUUUAACAAGUAAACGUACAAACAACCCAACACAGCUCUUUGGAAGUACCAAAACCCAGCGGUUGAAGGUUGGGGGUAGAGUUGGGGAUAGGGGGUGUUUCACCUCAAUCCUUCAUGCCCACUGGUUCUUGAUCUUCUGCGGCCUAUUCCAGUUCAAGAAUCCCCCAGUGACAAUGGGAUCCAAUGCAGCUCCCCCACCCCUGGGUGGACAUGCCUGUGUCCACACAGCAGAUCAGUGCGACACCUCCACUGACUGGCUACAGCCCUGCAUGAAGGACUUGGGAUCUGGAUGCCGCGGGACCGUCACGGCCCUUGUUGCAGUUUUGUACUCUAUACUUGGUUUUUCAAUUAAGCUUAAUGGCUUUUUUAAAACAUGACUUGAAGCUCUAGUUUUCUAGACCUUUUACAGUGUACAGUAUUUUACAUAACUGAGCUGUAUUAAAAGCUUGUUCAUUUAC